GAAGAGCAACUUGCAGGCGAGCAGCCCCCUCCAGCAAUGGAGUACAAACCCGUCGUUGUCCAGAGGCAUCCUAGACCCUCUUCAGCUGCACAUAACCCAGAAUCUAGGUACUGGAGGCAAUUCAAACACCCCGUCUUCAUCAAGGAAUAUGCACCAGUUACUUCUGUCCACUUCUCCCCUUCCAAGCCACAUAGGUAUGCGGUGACUGCAGCAACUCGCGUACAAAUAUAUGCACCACGAACGCAAAAGGUCACAAAGACCAUCUCGAGAUUUAAGGACGUUGCCCGUAGCGGUUGUAUCCGACCAGAUGGCAAGCUAGUCGUCGCAGGAGAUGAUACUGGUCUCAUUCAAACGCCAGUUGCCCUCUGAAUAUAUGUAAACUGACGACAUCUUCGUCAGGUUUUUGACAUCAAUUCAAGAGCUAUCUUACGAACGCUUGACGCACAUAAACAACCUGUGCAUGUCACGAAAUUCUCUACCGCAAACCAAACACAAAUACUCUCCUGUUCGGACGAUUCUACAGUUAGGCUUUGGGAUGUCCCCUCCCAGUCCACUAUCACUACGUUCAUGGACCACACGGAUUACGUUCGUUCCGGCCAAGUUUCUCCUUCAAAUCCUAAUCUCAUCCUCACCGGCUCAUAUGAUGCUACCGUGCGGUUAUUUGAUGCUAGGACGGGCGAAUGUGAGAUGGUUAUGGGAGGUAGCUCAGCAGCGGCUGGCACCAAAAUCACCGCCCCCGUAGAGCAAGUCCUAAUAUUUCCGUCUGGAACUGUUGCUCUUUCGUCAGCUGGUCCCAUUCUUCGUGUCUGGGACUUUGUUGCUGGUGGCAGAUGUACCCGAGCUCUUUCAAAUCACCAGAAAACCAUCACGUCCCUUUGCUUCAACUCGGAUGCCAGUCGUUUGCUCACUGGUGGCUUGGACCAAAUGGUCAAAGUGUACGACGUGGGCUCUUAUAAGGUGAUGCAUACCAUGAGGUACCCAGCACCUGUUCUUUGCUUAGCUGUUUCUCCUGACGAAACCCACAUCGCUGCCGGAAUGUCAGAUGGCACCUUGUCGGUCCGUCGACGACAACCCAAAGCUUCUGAAUCAUCAACCAACGAUAUCGCUCUGUCCGCACUGAAGUCCGGUGCAUUCGAGUCUUUCCUUGGCAACUUGCCUUCUAUCGGUCAAGGACGUGUAAAGUCAAAAGAGAAGUCAAAACCUAUAGGCGAUGUGGACGAAUUUCGCGUAGAGCGGAAACGUAAGAAACGCCUGAAGGAGUACGACAGACUGCUGAAGACCUUCAAAUAUUCUGCUGCUUUGGACUCUGUACUACGCAAGCAAGUACCACCAACCACCACUUUCUCUCUAAUCCAAGAACUCAUUCACCGAGACGGUCUUCGAACUGCUUUGGCUGGUCGUGAUGAUGUUCUACUAGAACCCAUUCUCAGACUCCUAUUAAAGUACGUUUCAGACCCACGUUUCGGGGAAAUGGUCUGUGACGUUGCUGGUGUUGUAAUCGAAAUGUAUACCCCGGUGCUUGGUCAGUCGCCGCUGAUCGACACACUCUUCUCGCGACUUCGGAAGAAGGUUGCGGCCGAGCUACGAUUCCAGCAAGACCUUGUCAAAGUAAAGGGUGCAUUGGACAUGCUCCUUGCCACUGCAUCGCUUUCGUCCGUUGUCUAGCAUGGCUCUUUGUGUCUUCCGCUUUCGACUCAGAUGUAUAUUAUGCAAUAAGUAUUGUACAGCAUGCGCAUGAUAUCCUAAUACUUUCAGGCCGCGUCCAAAAAGCGGAUGAGAUUUUCCAGGAUCUCGCGCUGUGACAUCGCACCCU